AUGUCGUCCUUCUUCACGGCCCCAAAGGUCCAAAAGAAGCGCAAGCGGCCCGACACUGCAGAAGCUCCAAAAAAGCGAAUUGCAGCCUCGAAAGACUCGGGGAAGCCCCCUACGAAAGUCAACCCCGCGGCAAAGAGGAGGGUCGAGCGUGACGAGUCUAUAUCAGGCAGCGAGUCGGAUGACGAUGUCUCAGACGACCUUCCCGGCCACGACUUGGGGGAUGAGGAAUCAGAAGCCUCGGAAGCUGAAGGGGAGACCGCAGCCGAGCGAAGAUUAAGAUUGGCAGAGAGGUACCUCGACAAUGUCAGGCAAGAGGUGGAUGAGUACGGGUUCGAUGCAGAAGAAAUUGACAGGGACCUUCUCGCCGAACGACUACAAGAGGAUGUGGCCGAGGCCAAAGGCAAAGUCUACCGCAAAUUGGUCUCGGAGCUCUCCUUCUCGCAAGCUUCACAUACACUCUUCAGGUGGAAUACCGAAAACGUUACCUCGAUAGCAACCUGCGCCCCAUAUGCUUACACCACUUCCAAGGACAUGUUCCUUGUCAAGUGGAAACUACAAGACCUCCCCGAACACCAAUGGCCGCAAACAACGAAGAAGAAGCCGAAGAAGCCACCGGCUCCCCCCAAACGGAAACCGGAACGAGUCGCAUCCAGUCGGGGGGAUACCAGAAAAUCAAGAGACAAGAAUUACCAAGGGCAUACCGGCGCAAUUCUGAAGGUGGCAGCAUCUCAGGACGGAAAAUACGUUGUUACAGCCGGCGCAGAUAGGAGAAUCGUCGUCCAUGACGCAGAAACUCUGAAGCCUCUACGCGCCUUCUCACACCACCGAGACUCGGUCACAGGAUUAGCAUUUCGAAGAGGAACAAAUCAGAUGUAUUCAUGUUCCAAAGAUAGAACGGUCAAAGUCUGGAGCUUAGACGAGCUGGCCUAUGUGGAGACCCUUUUCGGCCACCAAGACGACGUGGUGGACAUAGACGCACUAGCACAGGAGAGAUGCGUGAGCGUCGGCGCACGAGAUCGCACAGCCCGACUCUGGAAAGUCGUUGAGGAGACACAGUUAGUCUUCCGAGGAGGUGCAGUGGACAAGAAACCCCGUCCAGGAAUCGAUCCAAAGUCAAUGGCGAACGAAGGUAGUAUGGACCGUGUAGCCAUGAUCGACGACGAUCUUUUCGUUACAGGCAGUGACAACGGUUCAAUAGCCCUAUGGAGUCUUCAGAAAAAGAAGCCCCUUUUUGUUCUACCGAGAGCUCACGGCAUAGAGCCAGCGCUGUCACUAGAAGAAGCCUCAGGGGAAAAGAACCCUGACCCCAAGGUGAUACCACCACCUCAACCGCGGUGGAUUACAGCACUACGUACAAUACCCUAUUCAGAUGUAAUACUUAGCGGCAGUUGGGAUGGUCAUGUCAGAGUAUGGAAGCUCAGCGAUGACAAACGAAAGAUUGAGCCUGUUGGGGUCCUCGGCGCCUCGCUGGACCACUCAGAUGAGGCCAAUGGUGUCAAUGGCACGAACGAGGAGAAAAUAGCCGAGCCCUUUGUUAAGGGGAUCGUCAACGACAUAUCCAUGUUCGAGAGAGGUGACAGAGGCAAGGACGGACUUUGUGUAGUCAUUGCGCUGGGAAAGGAGCAUCGUCUCGGGCGUUGGAAAAGGAUUCAAGGAGGCCGAAAUGGGGCUAUGGUAUUUGAAGUCCCGAAAGUCAUCAAAUCGCUGGCGAACGGUGUGCAUGCUGCUUCUGAUGAUGAGAGCUCAUGA